AUGGCGGGACAGAUUGUCAAAGUGAAGAGACAAGUAUUAGAGGCAUGCAUGACAUGUCCUCUUUGUAAUAAGCUCUUAAAAGAAGCUACCACAAUUUCUUUAUGUCUCCAUACGUUCUGCAGGAAGUGCAUCUAUGAAAAGUUCUCAGAUGAAGAGGUAGAUUGUUGUCCUGUAUGCAACAUUGAUCUGGGUUGUCUGCCAGUGGAGAAACUGAGGCCAGACCAUAAUUUGCAAGAUAUAAGAGCCAAAAUAUUUCCUUUUAAGAGAAGAAAAGUUAAUGCCCCUGAAAUUAUGCCUUCGAUUGCAUUGCCAGCAAAAAGAAAGGAGAGGUCAUUAUCAUCAUUGGUGGUCAGCACUCCCAAAGUGCCAAUUCAAAAUGGCUUGACUGGAAGGAGGUCUAAAGCUGGUGCCAGAAAAGCAUUACGGGGAUGCAAUUUUACUGUUGAGGAAUUCAAGAAAGAAGAUUCUGCUGAAGAUAAUACGAUGAGCCCAAGCUCACCAGGGUCUCCUAUCAAAAGCAUUCAAAAGAGAAGGCUGGAUUCCUCUGUGGCUGAACCUUCUACUGAGCAAAGACCCAAUGAUGAUGACGAGGAAGAGGCCGAUGAUGUUGAAAUAAUGGAAGGGAAGGCUGAUCUAUGGACGCCCUUGAAUUGUCUUGUUGAAGCUGCUAACAGAACCAAGUUGUCCAAGUCACAUUCACAAGGGCUGUCUCUAGCUAAGUCAGGCAUGCUUGAUGACCAUGAUUGUGAACCUCAUCUGUAUGAAACAAAAUCCAGAGCAGAAUCACCCAGUGAUCAUCACAGUGAAGUAUAUAUGGCUAAAACCAAAAAUAAGGAGCAUGGACAGGGAAUAAGAGUCCAAGAUGACAAGAAUGGGACAAAUUCGCUUCCCGUUUCAGUGAAGCGGAGAAGGUUAACAGCAGCACGAAAAAGGGCAGCUAUAUCUGAGGGGUUGAGUGCCUCAGCUCAAGCAAUAGUAGAUGCUGCAGGAGCUAAGAGCAAUAAAAGAAAUUGUCCAAUAUGGUUCUCAUUGGUUGCCUCUGAAGACCAGAAAGAAGAGGCUUCCUUGCCACAGAUAUCUGCAUGCUACUUGAGGAUUAAGGAUGGUAAAAUGCCUGUCUCUUUCAUCCAGAAGUAUCUUGUAAAGAAACUUGAUCUUGAUAGUGCGACUGAGGUGGAAAUAAUGUGUCGGGGUCAGCCCAUCCGGCCAACUUUGCAAUUACAGAGCUUGGUAGACUUGUGGUUUCGGACUGGUUCAACAUCAAAAAAGGUGCCAGCAUCAGUGGGUUCCUCAGCUAAGGACUUCGUCAUGGGUGGUGGAUCUGAUAAGGAGGUGACUUGGGAGGAUCAACAGAACAUCAACAAAUUCGGCAGAUUAAACAACAGAUUGCACGAGCUUGAAGACGAAAUUAAAAUUGCCAAGGAAACCAAUGAUAAUCUGGAGGAUGCAGGCAAUGAGUUGAUUCUUACUGAUGAGGAGGUGGUUCGGUUCCAAAUUGGAGAAGUCUUUGCUCAUGUUCCAAGGGAUGAGGUUGAGACCAGGAUAGAGCAGAUGAAAGAGGUGACUAGUAAGAACUUAGAAAAACUCGAUGAAGAGAAAGAUUCCGUGGUUGCACAGAUGGCUGAGUUAAAGAAGAUUUUGUAUGGAAAGUUUGGGGACUCCAUCAACUUAGAGGAGGAUUAA